AUGGCUGAAGAGCAGCAGCAAAUUUCUCAAGGGCAGGAUGACUUUAAGCAAGAGGACAACGCGCCAAUUAAUGUCAAGGUUGUAAGCUCAACUGGGGACGAGGUUUUCUUCAAAAUCAAGCGCAACACCAAGUUGAGCAAGCUUCAAGGCGCUUAUGCUACCAAAGUCGGCAAGGAUGUGGGCAGCAUUCGAUUUUUGUAUGACGGAUCGAGAAUCAACGACGAUGAUACGCCUGCAAGCCUCGACAUGGAGGACAACGAUACGAUCGAUGUGAUGGUAGAACGU